UCAGAACCGACCCCGCGCCUGAACCCCUUGACCCCGCCAAACCCUCAACAAACAUCCGCGGUCUCCUCAACAACAACAUCAACUGUUGCAAACGAUCUUUGUUUUCGACAAGAUUCCGAGCAAAAACUACGGCUUAGAACCAAACACACUACUGCCACCACUCAGAUCACGCAUUCCGUCGAAAUGGCCGUUACCCAAAGCCCCGCGUUCAAGAAGGCUGCCGAAGAGAGCAAGCAGUUGACGUCGAAGCCGAGCAACGAGGACCUCCUCGAGAUUUACGCUCUCUACAAGGUCGGAACGGGCGAGAACAUCGAGGCGGCUCCUGCGCCGGGCAUGUUCGACCUUAAGGGCAAGGCCAAGUUGAAGGCCUGGCGGGAUGCCGUCGACGACGGUAUCUCGGCCGAGGAUGCCCAGGAGAAAUACGUCGCCAAGGUCGAGGAGAUGAAAACCACGUACGGAUUCGACGCGAGCAAGAAGCCUGAGGCUGUCGGUAGUUCAUAGAUGCGGCACAGGGUUGGGGGGGGGACUGCGCGUGAAGAAGCAUUUUUAUGUGGCAAUCACGGAAGCCAGGGGCUAGCACUGGGUUUUCUGCAUUCGUAGCAAGCAAGUACUGUGUUCCUCUGGACAAG